AUGUUCUUGUUGGGAUUACACGCUUCCACCUCCGAGGACCAAGGGGUGUUUUCCGCCGUGGUGUCGAUGCUCUGGCGGCCGCGCCUUUUCCCCGCGAUCCUGACGAUCGACGCCAUUGCCAACUCGGCCAAACUCUUCCCCACCCUCUGCGCCGCCGAUGACCUCGAGCUUUUGGGUAAUUCCGACCAGAUCGAGUUCUUCAGCGAGUUCGCCGUGCAAAAUGUCGAGUUUGGCGACCUCAAUUUUGAUCUUGAUAAACAAACGACAUCGCUGUACGAGCUCCCCGAGUUCGACUUCGGCGCCAGCAAGCCGCCGGCCCACGUCGACGUGCUGAAUUUCAGCCACUUUAAGCUCAACAUGAUUGGGUUGCACCCUCAGACGUAUUUCAACGAUUUCUACCCGCAAAAGUCGUCGCCCCAGCUGGUGGUGAGCACCGACUCCAGCGCCGCCCCCUUGGACGACGAAUUUGGCCCCAUCACGCGCCACUCGCUGUUGCUGAUGCUGGAGGUGCCGCCGGUGAUGGACUACUUCGACGCCGCCCCCGCGGCGGUGCCGGCAGCGAUGCCCUCGGUGCCGAUGACGGUGCCGAUGGCGGGCCAAAUGGCGAAAUCGGCGCGCAAACGCAAGAUGAGCGAUGAAGAACGUCGCCACUCGCUGGUGCUGCUGAUGGGACUGUCGCCCGAGGGCCACUGCCGCAAAGCCGCCCGGCAAAAGACGAGUUUCGACUGUCUUUACUGCGAUGCUUCGUUUAAAGUGAAAGGGUACUUGACCCGCCACUUAAAGAAACACAACUCGCUGAAGGCGUUUGUGUGCCCUUUUUACGAAGAAGAAGGCAACCUUGGCACCAAGUGCCACCCCACCGGCGGCUUCUCCCGUCGCGACACAUACAAGACCCACUUAAAAGCGCUCCACUUCAUCUACCCACCAGGGACGAAGCUGACGGAGCGCAACGAGGUUGGCGGCCGCUGCGCCGGCUGCUUCGAACACUUUGAAAGCAACCACCAGUGGUUGGUGCGCCACAUCGAGGUCGGCGAGUGUAAGGGAACCAUCGGGGCCAAAGCGUCGCCGACGGUGAAACAGGAGAUGCCGUGA